UGGCGCAUUCCAGCAUGGGUUCCGCUGCGGGGAGGGGGCCUUCCCUGGGUCUGCCCUGCGCAAUGCCUUAACAGAAACACCGCCUCCUCCCCUCGUCCCGCGCUCCCACCCCGCAGAGCCACCAGCCUCUCGCUACCACCCUUCCGCUCCCUUUACCAGCACAGCCUGGCUCGGCGCUUAGUCAGAAAACCCCUCAGAAAAACAACCAGGGCCGUUCAGGCGCCGCGGCGGGGCAGCCGGGGGACCCGCUCCCUCCCGCUCCCCCCCCUCCCCUCCCCCUGACAUGCCAACCCGGCAGUCGGCGGCGCAGCAGCAGCAGCAGCGCGUCCCCGCCUCCGCUCCCCGCCGCAGGAUGGAGUUCGAGCUGCUGGAGAGCGACGUGCUGGAGUCGCUGGAGGACCUGGGUUACAAAGGUCCAUUGUUAGAUGACGGAGCGCUGGCUCAGGCAGUCUCUCGUGGAGCCAGUUCCCCUGAGUUCACCAAACUCUGUGCUUGGUUGGUAUCUGAGUUACGGCUGUUCUGUAAACUAGAGGAAAAUGUGCAGGCAACUAACAGUCCAAACGAAGCAGAAGAAUUUCAACUCGAAGUGAGUGGAUUGCUGGCUGAAAUGAACUGUCCAUAUGCAUCAUUAACAUCAGGAGAUGUGACAAAGCGCCUUCUUAAUCAAAAGAACUGUCUCUUGCUGCUUACAUACCUCAUCUCAGAACUGGAAGCUGCCCGAAUGCUGUGUGUGAACGCCCCUCCUAAAAAAGCACAGGAAGGAGGUGGCAGUGAAGUCUUUCAGGAGCUAAAAGGCAUAUGUAUUGCUUUAGGCAUGUCCAAGCCUCCAGCCAACAUAACGAUGUUCCAGUUCUUCAGUGGAAUUGAAAAAAAACUGAAGGAAACCCUAGCAAAGGUUCCACCUAAUCAUGUUGGAAAACCUCUGUUGAAGAAACAGCUGGGACCAGCUCACUGGGAAAAAAUUGAAGCAAUUAAUCAAGCCAUAGUCAACGAAUAUGAAGUCCGAAGAAAACUGUUAGUCAAACGUUUGGAUGUUACUGUGCAGUCCUUUGGCUGGUCAGAUAGAGCUAAGAGUCAGACAGAAAAACUGGCUAAAGUCUACCAGCCAAAACGUGCCCUCUUAUCUACUAAGUGCACUAUUUCCGUUGCAAAUCUCUUGGCAGCUCGACAGGAUCUGUCAAAGAUUAUGAGAACAAGCAGUGGGUCCAUCCGAGAGAAGACUGCAUGUGCCAUUAAUAAGGUGCUUAUGGGCAGAGUACCUGACAGAGGAGGAAGGCCCAAUGAAAUUGAACCACCACCUCCUGAGAUGCCACCCUGGCAGAAAAGACCAGAGGCUGGUCCGCAGCAAAGUGGAGGCAGAGGAGGAAGAGGUGGCUACGAAUCCUCAUAUGGAGGGCGAGGAGGCUAUGACCAUGGGGGUCACGACCGAGGAGGAAGAGGAGGCUAUGACUCAUCGUAUGGAGGACGAGGAGGUCACGAACAAGGAAGUCAUGAUCGAGGUGGGCGAGGAGGACGUGGUGGUUACGAUCAUGGCGGCAGAGGAGGUGGAAGAGGAAACAAGCUCCAAGGAGGCUGGACAGAUGGUGGGAGUGGUGGCUAUCAGGAUGGCGGCUACAGGGAGAACAACUACAGAGAUGCAGGUUUUCAAACAGGUGGCUACCACGGUGGUGGUGGUGGCUACCAAGGAGGAGGCUAUGGUGGCUACCAGUCAUCUUCUUACACAGGAAGUGGCUACCAAGGGGGUGGUGGUUACCAGCAAGACAACAGAUACCAGGAUGGUGGGUCCCACAGUGACCGAGGGGGUGGGCGUGGAGGAGGAAGAGGUGGCCGCGGUGGGCGUGGUGGCCGCGGAGGUCAAGGAGGAGGCUGGGGAGGCAGAGGAGGACAGAAUUUUAAUCAAGGCGGGCAAUUUGAGCAGCACUUCCAGCAUGGAGGCUAUCAAUAUAACCAAUCUGGUUUUGGACAAGGAAGACACUUUACGAGUUGAGGCUGCUAAAAACUUUUGCUUCAGCAGAGCUCAAAUAAUAGAAACCUGGUUUUGUGGCCUGGUUUAAUCUCUUCUAGAAUUAGUACAGAUUUGUACACAUCAGGCAGAAUCUCGUUGGGUAGGAUGUUUUGUACUGAGCAAAGUACAGUUUUCUGUAGACUUCCCUUCCCACCCAACCUGUCUGAAUUAAAUGCAUCAUAACUACUCACUGCACUUCACCUAAAUAUGAAUUAAUAGCUGUGCUUUUUAGAUGUUGGACUGAUGUCUUCUGCUCAAAACACAUCUGUCUUGAGCAGCUACCUGCUAUGUUUGCCUUCCACUUUGGCUAGAGAAAUAUCAAGAUUCGUCUGGUCAAAAAUGUACAUUGCAAUACACAAUAGAUCUGCAUCUCCCCCACCCUCCAAUCAUUGUUCAGUUACGUGAUCUAAAACCAGACUAUUGCUCUUGGCUUGCUGACCUCCUGUGUGUGUGUGUAACUUUGACUAAAAUAUGAGAGCCCACACAGCAGAUUCUAUCUUAACAACCAGGUUUGUUGUCUAUUAUAUGAGCUUUACUGUAGAUGCCAUGUUUAGUAGCCUUACCUUCCACUAAGCAAAGUUUUUUCCCACCUGCUCAACUCUGAAGACUGACCGCCGCCAAAAUCUGCAAAGAUCAUUUAAAACUAAGCUAAAUUGUGAACUGAUAGUGUGUGUAGGCCUGUAGUUAGGUGUAGCAAUUCAAACUGACCUGCAUCCAUCCAAAACAAGUUGCUCCUCCUCCAAACCUAAUUUUUACUUGAAAUCAGCUAAAAAAAAAUACAAACUGAAAUUUAUUUUUUUUGCAAGUUAAUACCACUGGCUCAGCAAAUCUAGGGCAAUUUGUUUUGGGGGUUGUCUUUUUAAAGAAAUGCACUACGGCCUGGGAAGAUUAGUUCCUGCCUGGAGGAAGCCCUUUUAUUAUUGCUGCAGAAAACAAAGCCUGGCUGAGUUUGAUGUUCUAACAUUUUUUUUUCUUUACUGAAAGCCACAUAAUGCUUCUUGCUGGGUUUUUUUUGUGUACAUAAACAUUGUCAAGCUGUGAAAGAAAAUGGCUGAAGGUGUGCUGUUGUAUAAAAGGUGAGCAAUAAAAGUAUCUGUAUGUUC